AGGUAAACCAGACAUCGUUACAGUUUUGGCGAGGGAUCGAAGAACCUCCGUUCCGUGACUGAACCCUCUCUUCUCUUCUCUUGUGCGAUGGCAACCGACAGAUACGCUUCUCCGCCAGCUACAUCGCCGGAGGAGAACGCUCUCUUUCUCGAUAUACUACACGAAGCUCCUCUUUUCGCUCAUCGCAAAGCCGCGAGGGUUAUCGGGAGCGUUUUCUACUGCAUACUACUGGCAGGUUAUGCUACUUUGGCCAUUGGAGCUCACUGGAUAUUUCGUCCAGUGCAAGGACUCAUCUCUCCCGUGCUUUGUAGUUGUGAUGUUCUGCUUUUGCUGUUGACAGGAAUCUUUCAACAAUACCUGGUUUAUCAAGUGCAGAAGAUACGCUUGCAGGGCUAUUAUAGUUUCAGUCAGAAGUUGAAAUUUAUUGUCCGCAUACCCUUUGCUAUUACAGCCUAUGGAACUGCUGCAAUGCUACUUGUUAUAGUCUGGAAACCUUACACUGGUUUUCUGUCUAUCUCUGCAAUAUUGAGGAUUAUUAUGGUAGUUGAAGCAGUAUCUGCCGUAUGUUUUAUGAGUCUUUACAUUGGUUACAUACACCAGUACAAUUCAUUAAACUCACAUCCAGAUGUUCUGAAGUCCUUAUACUCACCACUACAACCAUCAAGUUCUCUGGAGGGUCUAAGGUACCAUGAUGGUAGGCUCUCUGAUCAGCAAAUGGCUUUGCUGCAAUAUCAGCGUGAAAAUCUUCAUUUUUUGAGUGAGGAGAUUCUUCGAUUGCAAGAGUGUCUAAGCAAAUAUGAGGGAACUGAUGAUCGGAGCACACCACAGGUUGACCUUGCCCAUCUACUAGCUGCUCGUGAUCAAGAGUUACGGACACUUUCUGCAGAGAUGAACCAAGUGCAAUCUGAGUUGAGGCUUGCCCGUUCCUUGAUUGCUGAAAGGGACUCAGAGAUCCAACAUGUUCGCACGACCAACAACCAGUAUGUAGAAGAGAAUGAAAGACUAAGAGCUAUCUUAGGGGAAUGGAGCACCCGGGCUGCCAAGCUUGAGCGAGCACUGGAGGCUGAGCGGAUGUCAACUCUUGAAUUACAAAGGAAACUUUCAACGCUUAGAAGUCAAUCAUAUACAGCAGAUGAAGCAAACGAACUUGGAGCUUAACUCACUUGCAGGCAAAUAUGGAACAUGCCCAGUUCGUGUUGUUGAGCAUUUAACCUUGUUCUCACAAUUUAAAAAGAACACUUAGACGUGUGUCCAAGGUACCGUCACUAUUGUGGAGAGAUUCAAUGUACAUAUUAGCUUCAAAUAGGGUUUUAUUUUUGUUAAGAGAAAUUCAAAUUGAUGUAAUUUAAUUGAGUUAUCGUGCGCCAUUGUUCUCCAUUUUUUGCAUCUGCCUUCAAAAAAAUUAUAAUUUUAAUCUUCCUAUAAUUUCUAAU